AUGACGGAGGAGAAGGUCCGUUUUGCUUUCCUGGCCGAUUGGUAUGACCCAGUGGCUUCUCUCCUGCGACGAUACCAGCUCUUUUACUACCCCCAUGACAGCUCCGUAGAGAUGUUUGACGUAAAGAACCAACGCAUCUUCCUCCGGCGGACCAUAUACAACGAGCUGCUGCUGCGGGAUUUAUUCGUGGGAGGCCGCGUCAACAUCUUCUCAAGGCAGCUCCACAUCGUGGACUACGGUGAUAAGUUCACAGCCAAAAAGCUGGGCAGCAAAAAAGAACGGACCCUUGCACUGCUCAAGCCGAAUGGUGUCAACAGGCUGGGCGAUGUCCUGGAAAUGGUCAACGAGGCCAAUCUGAUGGUCACCAGCGCCAAGAUGGUGCACUUGACAUGGAGCCAGGCUGCAGAUUUUUAUGUAGAGCAUCAGUCAAAGCCCUAUUUCAAUACCCUGGUGCAGCAGCUGACUGCCGGUCCCGUAGUGGUGUUGGAGCUGGUGGGCGACGAGGCCGUGUCUGUUUGGAAGAAGCUCAUGGAACCGUGGGAAGAAGCGGUUGACGUCAAGGAAGCGCAGCAAAUCACCCGAGUGCAGUUGGGCAGCGAACUAGCGCACGCCUCUGACUCGCUUACUGCUGCAGCCAAAGAGCUGGAGUUUUUCUUCCCGACCACAGUCUGCCAUGGCCCAGUCAACACGGCCCUCUAUAACCAGAGCACGUGUUGUAUCAUCAAACCUCAUGCUGUUUCCCAAGGCCUGGCCGGUAAGAUCGUCAACUCCAUCAUAGCGGCUGGGUUCCACAUAUCGGCUAUGCGAAUGUUCAACGUGGACCGAGCCAACGCCGAAGAGUUCUACGAAGUCUAUAAAGGCGUCGUGGCAGAAUACGCAGACAUGGUGACUGAGCUGUCUCUGGGACCCUGCUUGGUUCUGGAGCUCCAUGGCGCCGAUGUCGCCAAGAACUUCCGUGACUUCUGCGGGCCUGCUGAUCCGGAGAUCGCUCGUCACCUCCGUCCAUCCACGCUGCGAGCACUCUACGGCACCGACAAAGUCAAGAACGCCGUCCACUGCACCGACCUUCCCGAAGACGCCAUGCUGGAGGUGCAGUACUUCUUCAAGAUCUUGGACGGCUAA